AUGAAGUGCAAAGGUGAACAUUAUUCAAACAGCCUGAGUUAUAAAUACCUUCAUUUGCACUUGAGCACUCUGGAGGAUCGACAUCAAACAAUGGGGGUAUCUUUCUGCAUCAGCGUUCUCAUUGUGUUCAUUUGGAGCAAUCUUACAUUCGGGCCUGUGCAGAGUCGAAGCUUCUCUGGAAUUCCUGAUGAAUCGAAGUUAACUGGUCAGAUUAUGGUGGGUCUCUGUUUGAGGAGAUGUGGCCUCAGCUUUCAAGCAUUUAACGCAAAAAUUUAUCGAGAAGAGGUAAAAUCUAGCAAUUCUUACAAUUGCAUUAAUGUUAAGUUUGGUACGAUAAUAACCCUUAUCAUAUGAAAUAUAGAUAGAAGAACCUCAGAAAUCGAAAUUUUCGUCGAGAGUUCCGUGUAGAUCUACACGGAAAUCUCGACGAUUUUUGUUGUAGACUUGAUAUGUUCAUGAGUUGUGCAUGUAAGGCUAAAAGCCAGGUUGGCUGGUUAUCAGGACGAAUUUGUCUGCCAUUUAGAUGGUCCGGCCUGAUUAGCAAGCUGUUCAUUCGGGAAAUCGCACCUCACUUGCGCCGAAAUCAAGAAAAGGCUCUUUAUUUAAAGUUUCAUCCCAGUAGCAAGGAGAGUGAGAAAAAUCUGAAAUCGCAGGCCCGGGCUAGCCCGCCUUUUUUCAUGAAAACAUCAAAUUUUGUUUAAAGAGAGAACGUUGUGGUAACAACCCUGGAGUAGACCCAAUUCAGGUGACGGGUACGCACACGUAUCACUGGGAAGGCCCUUAAGUUAAUUAAACGUAAGUAUCUUAAGCCCUUGAAACUGGAUUUCGAACACUGUUCGCAAACCAUUAGUUUCGAGUAACAAGAUUACUCACGCGAUCGCAUUUGUGAACAAUCGUUUCUAGGACAAUCGUGAGCGCAAAUCAUCAACCAUCUCUCCCACCAAGAGAAUAUAAUUACUCUCUUGCCCCCAAUCACUUCCAUUCAAAGCCAAAACUUUGAAAAUUCAAAACCGUCAUUGUAGGAAAUCGGACAAUUUCUUGUCUUAUAUUUAUACACUAAACUUUAAAUGACUCGUAGUCUAGUUCCAUAUCUUUGUCUUGCAUGUAAGUAGCAUCUAAGCUUUCUAAGUAUGACGGUACUGCAUUCAGCUGAUUAAUUUUUUUAGCCCUUAGUAGGGUGUAAAUCUCGUGGUGCAAUUAAAAAAAUUAGUUUUCUUUCAAGCGAAUCCUGAUGUUGGUGUGUCUUGCAGUUGCCACUGGAUCAUUUCUGUUACACAAAAUGCAUUGGGAAGGAAGGUAUGAACUUAAAUGACACAAAUGGGUUGUUAGUUCCCAAGAGUUCGAUUAUUCAAAAAAAAAAAAAAACUGAUGGUGUUGCGAUCUUGUUUUAGCAACCACUCUUCGCUGAGGAAAAUAUUUCAAUCACAAUUUUUAUCUGUCUUUCUCAUAAUCUCCAUGUUCCCUCUGUCAUGAGAAAAAACGGUCGCUCUGUCAGUUUAUUGGUUCCUCGGUCGGACUGUUAGAUAAACGGUUUGAGAGCUAGUCUACUGGUCGAAUUUGUUUGCCAGAAAAUCAUGAGUCAGUCUCCUGCUCAGUCAAAUCUUAGCGGAACAGUGAUUUUUUCCAGAAUUAUGUUCCUACCCACUUUUUUUGGCCUCGCAACCAUAGACAGGCGUUGGGUUGAGCGACAGUGUUUUUGUUAAUGAAUCAGUGGGAAUUGUCAAUGCUUUAGCUUUUUUGUUUUUUCAACAACGAUCAAUUUACUCAAGAAAAGUGUUAAAAAGCAGACAGUUUGAAAUAAAAAGGUGUCUGUAUGGAUAGGACCGAACUUUUAUGUACCCCCUCAGUUACUUGUAGAAAAAUAUUUAGCCUUGUUCGAGUUAAAGACUCUUGAGCUGAGGCAAAUUCUACCUCAAGAACCACCCAUGCAUUUACUUUAAAAACUACUCAUGCAUAUUUCAUUUACUACUCCCUCGCCGAUAGGGAAGCAUAAUUCUUCAGUGAAGGAGCGAAAUCACUUGUUCAAUCCGCAUAACACGCCUUCCUUCGAAAGAAUCAAACGAGGUAGGUUACUGGAUAUGUUAGCACAUGGCGAGAAUGGACUCGAGCUCUAAGAAUAGAAUCAGAUAUCUUACGAAGAAAACUAUAUAUAAUUGCACAUUGAGGGAAAGAUGUUUAACGUAGGCAAAUCACCUUUCUAAGACGCCUUCACCUCAACAACUCUUAUCUACAGGGUGUUGCAAGAGGUCUUUCCCUUUUUCUGCAAAGCUAUAUCUUACUUAUAUCUUGUCUUAGAUAAGAGAAAUUGAAAAAAGUUAUCGUUGUUAUUGUAUUUCAUGUUGUGGUUUUCAACUUUGCUUACUGAUUUCCGGAAAUUUAUUGCUAUCUUAGAUGCCUCUAACAGCGUAAAAAAUCAGACGUCCUCAAACACGUCAGGUAUUGUCAGGCGCCCAUUACUAGUAUUGUUAACAUUUUUGAACGAAAUAAUUGAUUACACAAGUAACAACCUUUUUUAGCCUAACAAUUCUGGAAUGACAUGUGUUAAAGUUGCACAAAUCCACUCUUCUACCAUGUAUUUAUCUCUCUUCAAAUGCACAACAAUCUACAAGAACGCGAAACAGUGGAGAUGAUGCUCAUUUUUGUGUCCUUAUGUUAAAAAACAAAUAGACAAAUAAAUGAGUUUUAAUCUCUCCAUGCAGUUGUUCCAAACGGCGAAAGAAUCAAGCCGACAUCUUUCAACGCAUUUGGUCGAAGUAAGUUUAAAAUAGACUGAUUGUAUUUUCUUGACAGACAAGGAUCAUGAUGAAUAACGAACGCGUUCUUCUUCCGUCUUGACAUACAAUCAUACAAAGAAACUGAUGUAACAGUAGACACUUUAGAUGAUUUAGCUGCAUACACACUCAAACGCUACCAGUAAUCAAAUUACUUCACUUGCUCUCCCGAUCCAUCUCUCUUAGGGCCACUAAACUUUAUAUUUGGAACACAAUCUGACGAUAGCAAAAUGAAAAAAAAGGGAAAAAGGGCGUUAAUAGGCUUAUUGCAUGUUUAGUCAAAUUAAAAUCUGAUUCGAGUGGCGACAGUACUCAACGACAGAUAGCUGCGGGUGUUGGUGGAAAAACAUGUAAUUCUCAUCCUAAGAGGUCUUUUCAGAACUUUCUCUCUCUCUGUCUAAAGGGGGUAAGUUUCUAAAGAAACUGUGGUCCUGUGUCGGUGGGGGAGAAUAGCAAGACUAUUUGAUUUAAUAAAACAAUUGAGUCGAUAAUGUAAAUUGGUCAACGUCAUUCGCUUUGACGAAGAGCUAACGCUCGAGAUGUCAGCUUUCGAAACUCUUUACGGUGUCCAAUUUACAUUAUCAACCAAGUUGAUAAAACCAAAUUAUCUUGUCUCUCUGUCUGCUAGUGCCCUAAUUAAUUUUGUAGAUAAUCUCUCUAAGUUAAUUGCUAAUUUAAUAUUUCAUCUGUUUAUUUUUUUUCUUAUCAAACUAGAAGUGUCAGACGGGUGAUAUUUUUAAUUUUGAAAUUAAGCAAUAAAUCUCGCUAUUUAUAUCAGAAUGGUUACAAAAAUGCUUGAUGAACAAGCCAAGAGCUGAAAAGUCGUUCACUGCCGAUGACGUUAAGGUGACAUAUGAAGAGCUUAACAGCACGGGGAGGUAUAUAGCAACGCUGUCAUGGACACCUUUUGAUAGUAAGUGGAAUACUAAUAUUGUUUACGCAGUAAUAGAAGCGAAGAAAAUUUUGAGUAAGGAUAAUUCUGUAGAGGCUGCGCAACGUCAAUUCGUUUGCGUCAAAGAAAAGGUUAAUGGGCCAGUGUUGCGCCAUUGCACACUUGAUGAGCGUUUUCUCAUUUUUUAACCCUUUUCAAGUGGAUGACAUAAGAAAGUAAGAGCGAAAAUUAUGUUAAAAUUAGAGGUAAAGAAUAUAGAAGGUUCCAGCGAUCUUUGUUUCUUUCAGUUCAAGCGGCUAAUUGGACCGGAUACGGAAUAAUAUACGAACUUUUGGAUCCCUCCAGCCCGAGUCAACGUGUGUAUGGCCUGUGUCAAGAAUUGGACAAGGUGAGGUCGUCAAAUCAAGUAAAUGUAGUGCAUACACCAUAUAUUGUAUAACACUGAUUCACAACUUAAACGUAGAGGUUGUUCGCGAAAUAUCUCGCUUAUGUGGAUUUCUUCGAAAACAACGACGAUGAUUUCUUGACUGAGAGAGAUUUUGAGCUCUUUCUUCGAAAGACAAAAGAUGCUAACCAUUUUUUAUAAGCGCACGAAAAGAGAGAAAAAUCUUAAUCCCCUUGAUGACUCGAACCCUUUGUUACUGAGUUACAGAGGACCUUUUUUUUUCAGUCUAACGAAUGAUACUUACUUCUUUGAGUAAUAAAAACCAUUUAGGACGUCUGCAAAUGAUUUGAAGCCCUAUAUUUUUCCGAGGCAUUAAAAUGUAUUGACCAGAUAAUUGCUUUUGGAAAAAAUCUUGAGAAAAUAAUAAUGCUCAAGAAAGUAAGGUUUGAUUAUUUACACAAAGUUUAGCCGUUGUUUUACAGAACCGCGUCUUAACCAUCCUCAGUUAGGCCGAACCCGAUUUUUGUUCUGAACUUUUCUUUUUGUGAACAGUUUCAAGAGGGCCCAAAAGCGAUAGGGGAAGGACAUUUAUUUAAUAAACUCAACCCCGUAUAGAGAAAUUGUGAGGCCCACUGAUUAUUUAACACCGUGGUUUGGGUUAGAUCUCGUGUAAAUAACAGGUCCUGAGGGUUCUUAGGCGUGUUUGCCUAAUGAAAAAUCUUUUUCGGUUUCAAGAUUGAGACAUAUACAAAAUAAGGUGAUUUUAUGAAUAGUUUAAUUAUUAGAAAUAGAUUAGCACCACUUUCAUGAAGAGUUUCGGGCCACAUUGAUUUUGUGAUCUGUUCAAUUUAGAACGCUACGAACUUUGCCAUAACCAAUUCUUCGUAUGGACUGAAAAAUGGUUCUUCCAUUGCACAUUACGUGAGUACCACAAACAUGUAUUUAUGUACAUCAGAAAAUUACCGAAAUAGACAGGUUAACCCUCAUCCUCCUUAACAUUGUGUUGUCGUUUGUCUCCAUCUCGAGCUUACUACAUGCUCCAUGCUCUCUUCCAAAUUUUGUCGCCAAUAGCCGGGGCAAAACAGGGCCACUCUGCAGCUGUUUCGAAAAUGUUUUUUUCGCCCUUCACACUCUUGGUAGAUCCUAACGGCAAACCAUUAAUAAUUGUAACCAGAGGAGAGAAGAUCUUUUUCAGUGUGGUGCUGGAUGAAGAAGUGAGGCUCAAAAACAAGAAAGAGGUCCUACUAUCCACACUAAUCUUUUGUAUUUUGACUGUAUUUUGACUGUAUUUUGUAUUUUAAAACUACUGAACGUUUUAUAUUUUGGAAACCACAGCUGUGACAACGAACAGCUGAGUGUACAAGGGUUUCGCCUUCCUUUUGUCAAGCAGAAUAGCAAUUUUAUUAGUAUUAUCCAGAUUUCAUUGAACUCAAGAAGUGGGGAGAAACGCGAGACGUAGUCGUAGUCGUAGUCGUAGUCGUAGUCGUGGUCGUAGUCGUGGUCGUAGUCGUGGUCGUAGUCGUGGUCGUAGUCGUGGUCGUAGUCGUGGUCGUAGUCGUGGUCGUAGUCGUGGUCGUAGUCGUGGUCGUAGUCGUGGUCGUAGUCGUGGUCGUAGUCGUGGUCGUAGUCGUGGUCGUAGUCGUGAAGUCGUGUUCCUACACUUUUUUAGUGCUCUAGCCGCUUCCUGCGUGCUUAACAAUAGAACAGUGCACGGACAAGGCUUCUCUAUUUGUUAAUUAUAAAAUGAUAUUUUUAAUAAUAAUAAUAAUUAUGACAAUUAUGUUAAAGAACAAUGGUAGUAAUGAUAAUAAUAAUAAUAAUAAUAAUAAUAAUAGUAGUAAUAAUGACAAUGCAUGAUAAGAGAGGCUUGUCUAUGAAACGUUUCUUUAUUUUUUAUCUUUAAUCAGAUUACCUCUCUUCCAUAUCCAGUUGAGAUACCAUUCUACUCCCUAUUCAGUAAGUCUGGUGAACGUUCUAAGUUUAAAACAAGAAAAUAAGCCCCCAUCCGUUAUUUUUUUUUGCGUUGUUUAUUUUUUUUCUUGCGAGUUUUGAGGCAAAGUAUAACGCGAGAUAAAGAGAGAUAUAUUUAAUAAUCAAACAAAGUCGUAGCAAGUCCGUAAUAGGUAAAAUGAACUUCACAAAGCCUUGCCUUUUGUUAUUAGGUUCAACUUGUUAUUUUCAUUAUCAUAAGUCUUAGAAUUAUUAUCAUUUCGAAUGAAUACUUUGAUAUUUUUUCAUCAGCCCUUUUUUCCUUUUCGUGGUGGGGUUUUAAUUAAACUUAUUGCUUGUGAGCAGAAUCUAUGCUUGAGUUUCACCGCGUAAACCUUUUUACGAUAGCUAGAUUUCUUGUUCUUUUAGUGGGUACGAAUUAUGCUUCUCUGAAAAAUGCUUGACUGUUCAUUUUGCAGCGUGCAAAGUGCCCAAACCGUGUUUUACGUUUUCAAGUAAGUAGUUGGGCUGAAAGCAGGGAUUAAUGCAAACAAAUAUAAUAUUCCCCUUAUUGUUCAUUACAAUUUUUAUCAUAUUCUUCGUACAACACAUUGAAGUCGUUCAUGCUGAAAGCCUGUAAGCUAAGCCAAGCGUGGUGUUAAGUAAUGAUUAUUAUUAUUAUUGACGUCUUUUGGUAGAAGCUUGUUAAUCUGUUAGACCCUUCUUUCCUACUUUCCUGUCAAGAGAUGGCUACUGAUUUCGUGAUGCAAUUUCUAUGGUACAUUGUAUGCGUGGAACUGUUGUUGUGCAUAAAUACGAUCUAUCUGUUUGUAUAUCCCUGACAGUACCGAGUUGCACGUGCGGUCUUUUACGAUAAUUAUAAAUUAUCGUGUAACUAUUUAUGUAUUAUCGUAACCCCAGUUCUUUCCAAAUUCUCUGCUAAGUAAUCAGUUACCAUUCCUAAGUCAUGUUUAUCAGCAGCUACUUAUACUCCAGUCACUUUUGGGUACGCUAUAACCGGCUAAUCCUCUUCCCCAGAUCUUGAUACUCCACCGCUUUUCAAUUAUAUUGGUAAGAUAACAAUAUUUAGCCUUAAGAUAACAAUUAUUCAGCCUUUUCUUUCCUUUUAUAAAAAAUUAAAAAGGUCUGGUCUUUGACUAUGGAUUUCAUUGUCCACUUGUCUGGAAAGAUCUUUCUUUCAGUGAUAAUAUUUCGCUACUAUCAAUCUCCACUAAUUCCCCGUCAUGUAUUCAGACAAGGUUCCGGAAGGGAAUUGACUGUUAAUGUACAUUAUUUGAGUUACGUACGAUAACUCUUCUUUCUAACAGCUUAACAAGUAGUGCUCCUGUGUUCUUCUUCUUAAGCUGAGGCAAUAGGGUUGCCCGAUUUCUCCAGUUUUCACAAAAUAGUAAGGCAGGAUGGCAGAGUAUAUAGACUCACAAUUUAAGUCUGAAAACUGUUAACGUACUUUUCUUCUCAAAUUUUCUCUCUUGCUCUUUUAUAGAUCAACCAACUACACGUACAGGUAGGUUUGAAAUCAACAGCCCUCACCAUAUCGACAUUUUCUAGAGAAAGUUCCUUUCUUCAAGAGGAAUUAGGAGCUCAAAGAGCGGCAUUGAAGGCUUGAAGGCAUCGGUUGGGAUGUGUAGGUUUCACUUGAGUAAUUUCUACAGACUUCCGUCUCUCUAUUAGACCGAAGAAGAGAAAAAAAAGAGAAAUUAUAUAUUCAUCUCAAGUAAAAAUAAUCAGUGACAUAUCCCAAGGUUCAGACGAGGAGUCUCCUUUUCAGGUUCUCUAAUUUUUCUUGCUUUCUCUUUCUCACUGGUAAAAAAUAAGGUGAAUUGAAUGAAACAGAGAUUGAUGGUAUUGAGGAGCAAUCAUGAGCUCAAUUUAAGUUAAUAAGAUAUCAUGUAACAAUUAGAUUCGUUUUUAUACAUAAUCAUAGUUGUUAAUAUUUGUAGUAUUAGUAUUCACAACAUGUUCCGUGAGAGAACUGGUCAAAUGCCUCACUAUUUCCUACAGCCCUGAUCUUUUUUCUCCUUUUGUAGGCUACGCGAUUCAGUUUACAGGUAUGUUUGAAAAUUAACAGCCUUAAGCUACCAUCGGUGCAAGGAACAAUUUUUUUUAAAUUAAAAGGCGACAAGUUGUAUAAGUAAUCUAAACAAAUAGAUAAAAAAGGAAGGGGUGGAGCCUUUGAAUAUGCAAGACUAUUCGAUUUAAUUCCGUCCUUUCCUUACAACGUAGAAUUCAUUUGACAUAUUUAAUCGAAAUAUUUACUUACGAACAUGAGAGACAUGCAAACACAUUUUAUACAAACUUGCUUUAAACUACUGAUAGUUCUUUUUAAUGUUAUUCUCGAUAUUUUGUAACCAUCGUGUAAUUCAAUUUUUUUGUUGCAAAGCGAUUAUAAAUAAACUAUUUAUCUUGUUUAUCUUUAUCUGAGAUCCUAAUUGAAAUAAGAAUCUAACUUAUCAGAAGAUCGUGAGAAAGGCUUAUGUCCUACAACGUACCAUUCCUUAAUCCAAUCGUGGGCGCGUAGACUUCCAGAUUGCCAGAAUAAAAAGAUAUGAUCUGAAUGAGAAUAGUAUAGUAAGAGUGAACUUAACAAGGUUUGUACCCUCCCCCUGAAGGCGAGCGGUUCAAAACGUGGCAAACAACCUCAAUUAUUCAAUGAGUCAGAUCAAUUUUCCUUCUGAUGCUUUUACUUUCUCUUUUACCUCUUUUUUCGCUGCCCAGAGACGCCUUAAGUCUACAGGUAGGUUUCCACGUGGCAAACAAUCUCUAUUAUUUAAUGAGUCAGAGCAAUUUUCCUUCUGAUGGUUUUAUUUUCUCUUUUACCUCUUUUUUCGCAGCCCAGAGACGCCUCAAGUCUACAGGUAGGUUUCCAAUUAACAGCCUUAAUCGACUAAAAUUGUCCUUUCGAAAUACCUCUCACCUUGUAAUAAAAUAACAAUGUUUAGAAUGGACAAAUUUGAAUUUAAAAGAUAAAGUAGAAGGAAAACUGAAAGAUAAAAAGGAGGUGUGGGGGAACUGGUUCAAUUGCAUUCCAAAACUCAGAAAACAAUCUGAUCUGAUGUUAAGAAUUUAGAGAAUAGAAUUCAUGCCUUGCCAGAGCGAAAUUCCUUCAGUGAUACGCAGCUGGUCCGAAGUCACUCGAUCCAGUUCAAGCCACUCCUUGUUUGAUGAACUCUGUUCGAUAUCUUGUUCAUGACGUGAUUCUGCCGCGGUGACUGUAAAUCAGCGGCUAAAAGUGUCGUUUGUAAGAAAUGGGUCUACAACGUUCAUUCAGCUGAAAAAAUCCUAGACUUCAGAUUGUUUAAGAAGGUUUAUUAGAAGCAAGCAAGCCUUUUAUAAAUUAUUGAGAGAAGAAACUCGUUUUUGCCCCCACGUCCCCCUAUAAAAGUCUACUCUUGUUUGCACAAGGAAAAAUUGUUGAGUAUAUGAUAACACUCUUCGCGAGAAAAGCCCAAUGUCUUCAAUUCAAAUAAUUUCGACCGAUUCUAGUCUUGUUAGGUCAAAGUGUCAUUUUUGAAGCGUAAAUAUUUGUCCUUCGCGUUUAGUGUAUAGAUAGCAGUCAUCAACAAAAAACUCUCUUUCUCUUUAGGUGGCGACGAAAAAAGUGUUACCAACAUGGCAGCUGCCAUCUCCUCUACAUGUGCUGUUGUUCUUAUACUUUUUUCGCUAUCGUCUUCGACGUCCGUUAGUUUCAUUGCCUGGUAAGUCGUGUUGUGUUUUCCGAUACUUCGCGUUUUAAGAAUUUCAGAAGAACGGUGUAACAUUCACCACCCUUCUUUUUUUAGUUCGGGUUCUCUUCGAUUUUUAAGGUUAUUAGUUGUUUAAUAUGAUGAAAUUUCUGUUUUAGAUAUGGAAUUUGAGUACCACGCCUUCCUUAUAUACAGCUCCCAAGACUUAAAGUGUUGUGUGCAAUACGUUACUUAACAAAUAGAAUCCAUGUUGCCAAGCGUCUGUAAUCUAUUACUUAGCUAACGCAGGGCAAUAUGUAAUCUGUUUGCUUUUAUAUAAUAAAGAGGCAG